AUGUCUGAAUUUCGUAUUUUAGACACUUACAAAGCCUACAAGACCCGAGAGAAAAAGUUCAGUAAUUGGCUCCGAGAAACCGCAUCAAAAAUCGGCAUCAAUAAAACGACUCCAAAGGCUUCUGGCAAGGAUGGCAAUGAAAAUCUGAGAAUCAGUGAUAUCCCUAGCAUUGUCAGAAAUAUCGUCAAGUCUGGUGCCGAGAUCCCAGAGAGUCUCCCAUUACUCUCCGUGAUGUCAUCUCACAACGGAAGGAGGCCUCUCAUUUCUACAAGAGCCGAGGAGAUCGAGUAUCAGACGACGGGCAUCUUCAUUAUUUUACAGUGCUUGAGGAUGCACUGCAGACUCUUGAGCUCUCGAAGAGUGCAAAGAGUUGGUCGAAAACUGGAAAGAGCAGCGGGAGCAUGGCGACUUCUAGCAGUACCAUAGAUGUGUCAUACGGCAAUGUCUUCGAUGUUCUUCCCAUUGAGAGUGUCCAAAACGUGGCUGCUGAGGCCCCAGAAAGCGAAGAUAACGCUUCGGAUCCAGAGAGCGAGAAAGAGAAACGGAAAGCCCCCAAGAGGGGCCGGGGCAAAAAGAAAUCUGGAAAGAAUAAAGGCAAAGGCAAGAAACCCGCAAAAACGACAGAGAAGGCCAUCACGAUACGACAAGCAACUGAGGUUUUGAUUGAGACCGGACUGUUGAAUGAUCUCGAUGAAGAAGAAGACGAUUUGUGUUUCAUGAUAUAUUGCUUUUUCAAAGACUUCAACACCAUGCGCGAGUACAUACAAGAAAGAUGGUGUGAUUAUCAGGAAGGUCUUCUCAGUUUGAGUACCGUUGCUGUCAUCACAAACACCGCUUACGAACUGCUCCAGAGGGGAGAAAGGGAGCUUCUUGAAAUGCUUCCUCGACGACACCCUCUGAGAGACUUCAAAAAUAUGGCCGAUAUUCUUUUCACCGAGUCCGGCCUCGCGCAUAUUGACUACGACGAGAAAAAAGCUGAGUUUGAGGGUGACGAGGAGGGGUUAUCAGAUUCAAUUGCCAAAGAGGCUGACUGGAUUUGUUUGGAUAGAUACUGGGAUUUGACGCAAUGGUUGGAAAAUGCCCCACCAUACAAGAUAGUCUUUGACCCAACGAGUGUUGACAACAUCCCUGACUACGGCAGUGGGAAGGGCAGAGAUAAAAUGGCGGCAGACAAGAAGGUCAUGAUGGAGAUUCUCGCAGAAGGGACAGUGCUCAAAUCGAAGAAGACAAGGAAUCCCACAGUCAAGACCUUACCAGGAGAAGACGAGUUUACGAAUGGUAUAGUACAAUUCCACGCCACACGCCGUAUUCAAACUUGGUUUGUAUUUGCCUGUCAAAUUUGUGAGUCGCAACCCUUUCCGAGCUAAAUCCCUUUAGAAUUGAACUGGAGUCGAGAAACCCCCAAAGUUCUACACCAUCCUUCUGACUUUUACUUAUUUCACUUUUUUGAGUUCCUCUGCCGAAGCGUGCUGACCUCAGGUAUCACAGAUUGCGAUAUUCAGUACAUUUUAGCAACGAAUGCCAGGAAUUGUCAUGGAGAACUGCGUGUCGCUGGAACUCGCUUCAAACGCAUUCUCACUGAUUACGCUGAGUUUCAAAAGGAUUUCGAAUACAAACAGGAUAGAAACAUCAAGAUAACAUUGCUUGAGCUUGAUUGUUGGAUCUUUAGAGACUUGUUUGCAAAUGAGAAAGACAGAAUUCGGGAAAUUCACAGUUAUACCGGCCCAAUGGAGGAGCAUUCUUUUAUGCGCCGAAACCCUGUUCUCUGUGGUUUAAUGACUUUUAGAUUUGCUUUAACGAUGAAGUGGGUAUUCCCUGAGUUACCUUUUUAUCUUUGAUGCUAUUGGGUGUUCCUUCCCAAGACAUCAUAUCUUCUUCAACUAUCCGAUGGAAUCGCUAACUAAAUGUAUAGUGAAUUGGGGAUAAAGUACGCGAACAUGUGGGGCGCAAUAAGUAAGUUUUCUAUCUUGUCUUUGAAAUCCAUGGAAGGCAUUUCCAAGGCGGCGCUUUAUUUUUGCUGCCGCAUACUUCUGACCUCUCCUCCCUCCCCCUCCCAAAUGUUUAUCGUGAACAGAUACAAACACUGUGUGCAUGCGAGGAUGGCCAAAUCCUUGAGAUAUCAAUGGAUUAUUCAUAGACUAAUAUGACUCGCUUUAGCUGCAGCAGGACACCCUUAUAGCGCAAUGCAACACACCACCCCCAACUUACCACGUUGGCAUGAUCUCGACACUCUUCUUCAAAUCCAUACGACUCCCUAUUUCUUUUGGGACGAUAUCCCACCGUCAACUCCUUCAGGUUUUGCCUCAUCCUAUGAAAAAGCAUCCAACAUCUCAAAAAGUAUCGCCGAUCGACAAGUUAGAGAGCAGUGUGGGGAAUAA